GCGAUUCCUGUUCGUGGCGACAAGUCUUUUUUCUCCGGCGGUCUACAAGUGCGAAGCGAGUGACGACAACAACGUUUUUUAUACAAGUGAACCCUUUUUAAAUAAAAGCGCAUAAAAGUGUUUUCGGAUUUCCACGCGCAAGUGUAUAAAAGUGUUUUCCGAGUUCCACGCACAAGCGUUCAAAAGUGUUUUCAAAUUUUCAUACAUACGAUCAAAGUGCGUGCGGAUAAUUUCCUAACCCCACAUAUAUACGUUCAAAAGUGUUUUCCAAUUUUUAAUAUAUACAUCAAAAGUGUGGUCGCUGCUAAAUUCUCAUUUUCACAUACAUACAUCAAAGUGGUCGCUGCUAAAUUCUCAUUUUCAUAUACAUACGUUCAAAGUGCGUGCGGAUCAUUUCCUAAUCCCACAUAUAUACGUUCAAAAGUGUUUUCCAAUUUUUAAUAUAUACAUCAAAAGUGUGGUCGCUGCUAAAUUCUCAUUUUCACAUACAUACAUCAAAGUGGUCGCUGCUAAAUUCUCAUUUUCACAUACAUACAUCAAAGUGGUCGCUGCUAAAUUCUCAUUUUCAUAUACAUACGUUCAAAGUGCGUGCGGAUCAUUUCCUAAUCCCAUAUAUAUACGUUCAAAAGUGUUUUCCAAUUUUCAAUAUAUACAUCAAAAGUGUGGUCGCUGCUAAAUUCUCAUUUUCAUAUACAUACAUCCAAAGUGGUCGCUGCUAAAAUUGCUCAUUGGCAUAUACAUACGUUCAAAACAAAGGUGUCGGAGUAAUUGGACAUCUGGAAGAAGCUACGAAAACAAUGGCUUGUGGAAAAUACAUGUAUAACUGUAGUGAAACAGAAAACAGUUACAAAUCAAAGUGCUCGAAAAUUGAAAAAGUACAGGAAAAAAGUAUUUAGUGAAAGUGACAAACAAAAGUGCGGUGAAAAAUAAGCAGUUAGAAACAAAACCACCUAACUCAUAAAUAAAAAACAAAAACAGCGGGCGCGAAUAUAACCAUAUAUGUAAAAAUACAUAUUAAUAUCAAACGGGCGCGGAAAAAAAGCACAAUAACAACAAGCCAGCAAGGAAGGAGACCACCCAACCAUCCCAGGGCAGGAGAACAGAGGCGAAAGCCUUCCGACACACACUGUCGCCAACACUAAUCCCCAAAAUCCCAUGACGGAUAAUAAGAUCAAUAUGGAUGGGGAUAUGCCCAGCGUGCCAACGCCAACAGUGAGGUCCACCGUUACUGCGCCACGCCCUGGGGCAGCUUCAGCGCCACGAAGCCCAGCGGCAAGGCCUCCUGCAACCGCUCCUCGUAGUGGUACGCGACCGCUACCACCCCCCUCGACACCAGCCGCGGAGCUUCCGCGCAACCGAUGUCCCCUGUGUCGGCGCUCUCAUCGGCUACAACAUUGCAGCAUUUUCCGUGGCAUGCAGCCCUUACAACGCCAGAAGGUUGCUCUGGCUCACGGGCACUGCCUGAAUUGUUUGGCGACGGCACACCACACACGAGAGUGUACGUCAGUUACCCUCUGCCAACUGUGCAACCGGGCACACCAUACUAUGCUGCAUCGUGCCCCAAAACGGGCCGUUAUGCGCCAACGCUCCGCGGGUAGAUCGCAGCAGACGAGUCGUCCGGGUCGGCAAAGGAGACUAAUAGCCCCUCCUCCAACCAUAUCGAGGCGAAAUGAGGUAUCAUCACGGCGUCGACAGCCUCGGUCGUCCUAUCCCCGCUCCACUGGCCUCAGCAGUGUUGUUGCCACGCUGCAGCAACUACAGCGACUGCUAGGCUAAUAUUCGCCUAGGGGGGCCGGGAUGGCUAGAUGAGUUAGCGCCCCCCCCCCCCUCAACACACGUCCCUGGACGAUAACUCAUGACAUCAACACGAUCCACACAUGAAGACCACACACGAAUACAUCACAUAUGAAGACAAAGCAAAUGGCAAUACCAUACCGCUAUCCCGUUAUGCAGCGUACUCGCCACUCAGCAGCCCUUAAAAAGAUCAGCA